UCCUACGUCUAGAUACGCACCCGGAAGAAUUAUUAUCGCUACGCCAUAUUUGUUUGAAAAGUUUUACUUUCGAUUUCAGUUCUUUUGUUACGAAAACUAUAACCGAGGAAUUAUUGGAUGAUCUUGAGGAAAUGGACGGACGACUUACAUUUACGCAGAAAAAGGUCCUAGAACGCUUCGUUGCCACUGGAGCAAAAGAUUUUAGUCUGCUGUACAGCUUCACACGUGAUGGAGCAAAUGCAACCGUAUUCCAUCAAAAAUGUAAUAAUAGAGGUCCAACAGUUACCGUGAUCUACAACACGAAAGGCUCUGUGUAUGGCGGGUACAUAGAGAAGAGUUGGGUCGCUGAUACCAGUGGAUCCUACAAUAGAGACGACAAGGCUUUCUUAUUCCGAUUAAUGUAUGAUGGCAAUGUGUCAUUAAACAAGUUUCCAGUAAAAAAUCCAGACAAGGCAUUUUAUUGCUACGACACAUACGGUCCAAUAUUUGGAUCUGGUCAUGAUCUGUAUAUAUUCAACGGAUCGAUUAAUGCAGAGGGUACACAAUAUACGCUCAACGGAAGCACGUCUUUUGGGUCCGAUUUUGAUAUGAGUGGAGUUUCAACCGACCAAAUUACUGGUAACAUCACAACAGUAUUCGACGUUGAAGUCUAUAGUUUGUCAGAAUCACCUCUGGCAAACAUUUGGAGAGAAUGUCCUGGUUGGGAUCUCAAGGAUUUGGAAGAACUGAAGCACUUCGCUGCAUCGUUUGCUCCUCCGCACGGUCUAGGCAUAGACACAGCAAACGUUCUGGUUAUAGGUCCAGUAGGAGCCGGAAAGUCCAGUUUCUUCAACACUGUUGCUUCUGUUUUCCGUGGCCAUAUAUGUGACCAGGCUGUAUGUGGUAGUGCUGAGAAAAGUAUAACGUCAAAGUACCGCAUGUAUCGUGUACGGGGCUCUCAAAUGGAAAAACCACUUAGGUUCUGCCUGUGCGACACAAUGGGUCUUGAAGAAAGUCAAGGAAUAGAUGCACAAGAAUUGACAUACAUUUUGGAUGGAAAUGUGCCCGAUGGUUAUCAGUUUAAUCCGACAACACCAAUAUCCUCUGAAAUACAUGGAUUCGUCACGUCACCAACACUCGGACACAAAAUUCACUGUGUAUGCUUUGUCUUCGAUGGUAACACAGCAACCAUUCUCUCCGAGAAAAUGCUGGAAAAAAUCAAGAGCAUGCAGGCGAAAGUGAGACAGAAAGGACUACCACAGGCAGUUGUGCUUACUAAAAUCGACAACGUAUGUUCCUAUGUUGAAGAGGACGUUCGGAAUGUUUACCAAAGCGAUACCAUCAAACAGUUGGUCAACAAAGUGUCUAACAUAUUUGGAGUUCCCCGCAGCUUUAUCCUACCACUGAAGAAUUAUGAAAAAGAGUUUGACGUCAGGACUGACGUCAGCGUUCUAGCGAUGCAUACACUGAAACGUCUACUUCUGUCUACAGAGAACCAUCUCUUCAACUUUCUUGAUCAGUUGGACAGGAAACAGAAAUCUUCUGAUAGCUUGGAGUAACACUCAAAAUCGAACAAAAGAAGUCGAUUUAACACUGCUUUUUCAGAACUUCGAGACUUAGUCAAUAAGAUAUAAUUAUGUACUUGUUUGUGAUAGUUGGCUAGAUUUAUUAAAAAAUUCACACUUCCAUGUUUUUUAUAUUAAAAGAACAAUGUAAACAGGAAAAACACGAGUUUUAUAAAAAAAAUAAAGACUUGUAUACGAAAUGAUACACAUUUCUGUUUAAAGGGAGAGCAGCAUAAUUGCAUUUUGAUAAGAACGUGACUCCAGCGAUUUCAAAAUGUAUUUAAACAAAAUACAGUAUAUACAUUUUUUAAAGAUGCAUUACGGUUUUGUAAGCAUGACAACAGUCUUUAGAUACCAAUCUCACUUAAUUCUGAUAAUUAUUUCAAAACAACACAAAUCUCGUAUAUAUAAAGCCUUACAUUUAUUUCAUAAACAAAGCACAUUAUAUGGUAAUAACAAAUCCAAAAGCAAAGAAAUUUCUGGUAAGAAAACAACAAGUUGUAUUGUUGAUUACCAUCUUUUGGACUGUAAUAGAAUUUUAUAGCAGGAAA